CUCUACUUGACGCACUCGAAGCUCCGAAACAACCACACCACCGCCCAUCACACCACCCCACAAACCACCGCCACCACCAAUGGCAACGUCAAUGCCAACGCUGAUAGCCUGCGGCCAAUUCUGCGCCACACACAACAUUUCGGCGAAUCUCGCCGCCUGCCAGCGUCUGCUACAGCGCGCGGUCUCCCACGGCGCAAAGAUCCUCUUCCUCCCCGAAGCAAGCGACUACAUCUCUCGGACACCGGCCGAAACACUUGAGUUAUGCACGGCGGUUGAGACUUCACCAUUCGUCUUAGGACUGCAGGAGAGCGCAAAGACGCACUCGCUGCCUAUCGUCGUGGGCAUCCACACGCCCUCGGGGGACGCCGGGAAAGUGCACAACAGCUGCAUCUACAUCUCGGCCUCGGGGGGUAUAUCGCACAGCUACCAGAAACUGCACCUAUUUGACGUCGCGAUCCCGGGCGCGACACUAACCGAGUCCGCCACGACCGUGGCCGGCAACAAGUUCUGUGCGCCGUUCGCCACGCCCGCCGGGUUGCUCGGCCUACAGAUCUGCUUCGACGUGCGGUUUCCGGAGGCCGCGCGGUGGCUGGCAAAUAGGGGUGCAGAGCUCCUCACCUAUCCGAGUGCGUUCAUGGUGCCGACUGGCCGCGCCCAUUGGGAGCUGCUGCUGAGAGCAAGGGCGGUCGAGGCCCAGUGUUGGGUCGUUGCGCCGGCACAGGCGGGCGCGCAUAGUGAGAAGCGCUCGAGUUGGGGCGGCGCGUGUGUGAUCGAUCCGUGGGGGACGGUUGUGGCUAGGUGCAGCGAGGGAGAGGGGGCGGGCGACGAGGAGCUGUGUUUUGCGGAGGUGGACUUGGAGGUCGGAAGGAGGAUCGGGCGGGAGUGUGUCCUCCGAAGGAGAGUGGAUGUUUAUCCGGAGAUUUGAUGCGUUCAAGGUACUAGGUAUCUAGUAGAGAACGCAUUUUGAAGACUAUGGGUGGUCAGCGAAAGCAUGCUCUCGAACAACCGUUAGAAGUAAUACGUAGAGCAGGGCACCGCGGGUAGAUCGUAA